UUAACCUGAAUUUCAGGAAGCCGAGGAAAAGCACCGAGGCAAAGGUCUAGGGCCCUCCCUUUUCCUCCGAGAAACUUUCAGGAACAAGUUGCGUUGACGACGACCUAGACUUUGCUGUGCAUCGUCGACUUGGUGGGAAGUUUCGUCGUGGGGCCUUUUGAUUGGUGAGACAAAGAAGUCCAUAGUAUUAAUAAUAACAAUAGGAUUGAUUCGUAUUCUAUAUAAAGAGAGACAUUGAUCACAUUCUGGUAUCCUCUUCUCUCCAUCUACUGUGUGUUUUAAGCAGAUCGGCAAAAGCUUGAAGAUGAACGACCAUAUUAGCAGUGCUGGGCUUGAACUAGCAAAUGUGCUGGUGACUUCUCCUCCCCUGCACCAGUCAUGGGCAGCUGUUCAGAAGCAAAAGCUCAACACAGCUCCUGAUCCGAAUACGCAAACGGCCUUAUAUGUUACUGAAACCAAGCAUUCAAACACCACCAUCAUAUCUUUUCUUACUUCACCCGUCAUGCUUCAAGAUCCACAAGCAAUGAUUUCGUCGUUGACUCUGAGGGACAAAAAUUUUCCCCUCUUUGAGUUUUUGUGCAGCAAAAACGCCCCAAUUUUCUCCGUCAAUGAAUUGGCAAUCGAAUUCUUCGCCUUGAAUCACAACGACCUCAACCUCGAUCUUCUGAGGACAAAGCUGGUAGAAAGAAGCAAAUCCAACUCAUUGGUACUUGUCACUGGACAAUCUUUUGGAGGCGCUGUAGCUACCCUUUUCACCUUAUGGCUGCUAGAAAGCCUCGACUUAUCGAAAGUGAAACGUCCCCUUUGUAUCGCUUUUGGUUCACCUUUGAUCGGUGACAAACAAUUCGGACAAUGUGUGUUGCAAUUCCCAUUGUGGAGUUCUUGCUUCUUGAAUGUAGCCUCCAUCGAUGAUCCUGUACUUCAAUUCUUCCAAACCGCUUCGCAAGCGAGUGGUUAUAAGCCUUUCGGAACAUUCCUACUGUGCUCCUCUUCGGGUGGUUCUUGCUUUGAGGACCCUGAUGCCAUUUUGCAACUAUUGGUGGAAACCAGCUCUCGGUGUGCCCAAAAUCCAGGUCUGAAUUCAGGGAUUCAGUUGUUCGAUUACGGAAAGAUUUUGAAUGAUCUCAAGACUAAGGCAUUGUCUAGAGAUGUCUUUGAGUUGGUUGAAGAGGAUAGAGUUCCACUUAAAGCUGGAAUUAAAACACAGUUGGCAGCAAUAUUAGGAGUUCUCAGCUCACAGUCAUUGCAGCAGCAACAACCCAACAUAGAAUUCGAAAGUCUGAUGAAAAAGAUGGUCACUCACGAACGUAAACUAGCGAUGCAGAAGACGAAGGUUUACAGUUCCUACUUGAAACUGAAUGAGAUGGAAAAGUACAUGGCCUACAUGGAAUGGUACAAGAUGUCGUCCGAAGACAUGGGAAUAGGAUACUAUGACAGGUACAGAAACAAGCGUUACGCGAGUGACAUUAUGGCCGAAGAGUACAAGAGGACGCUCUCAAGGUAUUGGCAUGACACGGUUACAGAAGCUGCGAACAAGCCCCGGCAAGAAGGAGCCGCAAUGCCAGCCCCUUUUCUUUUUGCUGGAACGAAUUACAGAAAGAUGAUCGAACCACUUUGCAUUGCAGAGUACUACAAGGAAGGUGGAAAAGAUUACAUAGAGGAAAGGCCUGGACAUUUCGUUCUUUUGGAGCAAUGGUACAAUGAAGAGGAGGAAAAUAAGAAGAAAGAGAGGGAAGAAAAGGAGAACCCACAACUGCGCAGCGCAAGCAAGCCCAAUUCAAAAGCGAAGAACGAGGCUCCUAAUCUGAAUGAUGAUUCUUGUUUUUGGGCGCACGUCGAGGAAGCGCUUAUCUGGUGCAACGAACAAGCGAGUAAUCCAGAUGCUAAGCCAAUGACCGAAUAUGAGCUUUACGUUCUGAAUAUGCUCGAGAAUUUCGCAGUUACGGUUGAUAUUUUCUUGAAAAAUAGCAGCUUCAUGCAUUGGUGGAACAAGUAUAAAGUAAUUGUGGGAAGCAACUACUCCUCAGCAUUUACCGAGGUCAUGAAGCGUAAGACUUAUCGCAAAUAUGCGGAUGGGGUCUCAGUUCGUACUGAUCAAUAAUCCAAUAUAAUUAAGUUUUAAGCAAGCAAUUAAAUCAGAUAAAGCAAGAUUAAUUUUGCUGUAUCGCUUAUGAUCUUCAUAGAGAGACGUGCAUUACUUGCAGGGCUUGUUGGUGCUACUAGUACUACUUUUGGAUAUUUUAAUUUGUUUGUGGUUUCUUUUUGUGUGGGGGUAAUGUUUCAAGGGGUAAAUCUCAGUUUAGUAUUCUUAAAUUUUGUGUUUUUCAACAUGUAGUACAUUAAGUUAUUUUUGUCUCCGAGUUAUACUUAAAUUGUUAAUUU